AUGUCUCGAAAACCGCAGCUAAGCAUCAAAUACCUCAAGAAGCUCUUUCACAACUACGCAGAAAAUGGAUCUACCCUUACAAAGGACCAGGCGGCUGCGGCAAUAGCUGAAUUGCCCGAGGAAAACAGGCGAUUCAAGCACUUCAGCAAAGAUUUUGAUGAGCAUGCAAAUGAAGGACACCUCACGUUCACAGGAUUUCUGCAUUUUGUUGAUCCAAAUGGUCAGACCCAUGCGAGGAAACUCAAAAGAGACACAUCGGUGAGCGAAAGAUCUAUUAGUGAUGACUGGACAGAAUGCACAACUGCGAGAUUGACAGAGGAAAACUCUGCAAAUGAUUGUAAACAACUUGAACUCGUUCAGAAACAACACAAGACUACUGAGAAGAAAAGUGCGAAAGGCAGCCGCGGCUCCAGCUCUUCUGAGAGCGAUACUGAGAACGAAGGCGAAGGAGCGCAUGAUGAGGGCAUCCCUAAACUGACCAGCUCAUCCGAAAGCAAGCCUACGCACGACGAAAAUCAGCAAGGGACACAUGUGCACAAGCAUCACGAGAAGAAGCACCAUAAGCAUCAUGUGAAGGCGCAUGAGAAUGAUACUUCUUCCAGCUCGAGCAGCUCAUCGGACAGCGAGCCA